AUGCCGGUACAAACCAGUCCGCCGUCCUUCCCGGACUCGUUCCCUUCAUUUAUGUCUGUCUAUGGUGGCUUGCCUCCCCACUACGAGGAAGAAAGCUCCUGUCACCUCCAAGCUUCGGCUCAUUUCUCUUCAAGACCUCUUCGUUCUCACCGUGAGAGUGUAUCCUCAACCGCCUCCGCCUCGACCGAAUCAUCACCGACUACCACUGUCUCCCCCUUUGACUCGCCCUUGGGCGGGGAUAUCUCUCCUAGCUCAUCCCCAGAAUCUCCUUCUGUCAUGUCCUUGUCAUACCCCAAAUUAGCACCUCCCGCUCGUGCUCUUGACGUUGUUACACGACCGACAAUGGCCGACAACUCUAGAUUAUUGUCAACGCCUCAGGCGCGUCCUGACUCGCCAAACCGUCGAGCCCGCAACCUUAAGAAUUUGUCAUUGCGGAUGCCGCCCCCGACACAGACGCGACCCCCCAUUGCCACCGCAUCCCUAGUGGAGACAUCGUCUAGGCACCUUUCUACCCCACCAUCCCCGAUUCAGAUCCCCUCCAAGAGCUUCCGCCGCCGUCCGGCGAACCUCACCAUCCAAACACCCACUUUCAACACUUCCUUCACUGGGCCCGAAAUUGUACCCCCAACUCCUUCCUUUGGACUGCAUUCCUUACGCCAUGCCGAGUCAUCGCCUUCACUUGCAUCCAUCACCUCGCCAUCCUUUGCCCCACGGGGUGGCAUGAAGCUUCCUCAGCCCAUCUCGCAUAACAGCACGCAUCGUUUAUCAAGCAUAUCUGCAGAAAAUGUCUCUUCGCUCGCCGGUAUCUCCGACAACGAUACUACCACCACCCACCGUGUUCUCCCGGGCUUAGAAGAAGAGGACGACCGUAUUGAUUCCCGCGAGUCAACACGGAAAAAGGACCGCGGGUACCCGGAGGGCCCCAUUAGGAUUUACGAUUCCGGUGUUUGGCUUUACUUGGAACCGACCGCAGAGGAAGCCGCAAAAUUCGAUUUGGUGAUCAAUGUUGCCAAGGAAGUUCGCAACCCAUUUAACAAGGACCAGAGUGAGCGAAACGACACCGUGAUGAGCACAUGGCGCAACGCAUCCAUGGCCUCCAAGCGAUUCUCCAUGGAGGAUCCCCAGACUGCCAUGUCGGAGAUCUCUUUCAAGUCUGCCUUUGAAUUCCAGCCCUCUGAUUCGGAAUCUGCGACUCCCACCACAUCCACUCCGAAAUCCGCUCCCCCGCCAGAGUAUAUUCAUGUCGGUUGGGAUCAUAACUCUGAGAUUUUGGAUGACCUGCUUCCAUUGUGUGAGCUUAUUGAUGAGCGAAUCGCCCAGGGCAAGAAAGUCCUAGUCCACUGCCAAUUGGGAGCUAGUCGGUCGGCAUCUUUGCUAAUUGCGUAUGGUCUAUACAAGAAUCGCCACAUGGACUUUAACUCCAUGUAUGAAGCGGUCAAGGGACGAAGCCAGUGGGUGGGGCCCAACAUGAGCCUCAUCUACCAGCUUACCGAUUUCCGGGGCCGGCUGACGCGCGGCUCACCUUCCCGCCCUGCUCCCAAUGAGUGGUGGUCAAAAGGCGGUAACCGCAGGAGCUCAGAGCCUCAACUCACGAACGAGGAGCGAGCAGCCUUGGCAAACACCCCGGGGACUCCCCAGGCGCCUUACCGUGCCUUGGUCCAGGCGCCCUCUAUGGGUUGUUUGUCUCUCCCACCAUCGCGUCUGGCUCGUCCCAAGACGAGCGAUAAUGGGAAUCGGUCGCCAAAGCGUAGUCUAUCUCCCCGUCCGUUGCCGUUCCGGCAAAAGUUCCAGUCUGUUGAGCCUGUGCAUGGAAGACCAAGAGGAAUCCCACGCAACGUCAGCAGCUGUGAUCCCCUCGUUCAAACCCAUGUGUUUUUGCGCGAUACACCACAUGCUGGCGGCUUGCUCUCGCCCAGUGCAGGCUUGUUCUCCCCGAGAACCUCGGGCUUCUUGGCUCCACCUGCUCCUUUGCCCCCUCGAGGCAUUGAUAUGGUGGCAACCGCCCCCAACGCUAUGCAAUAUGCAAAUGACAUGGCUGAUCCCAGAUCCCCUCCCCCUCCUGCAGGUGGUGAGCGCAUGAUCAUGAGGAACAUUGACGAGUUCCUGUAA